UCUACGCUUCACCAAAACAAAUUGCUCAAAUCAAAACCCUAAAGAUCAAAAUCAAUGGCUCUCUCCAAACUCACCUUCCUCACCCAUCUCAAAACCCUAACCACUCCUCGCUACCACCGCCACCCGCCGCCGUUCAUCACCUUCCGUUUCCUCUCCUUCGCUACUCCCGAAGAAGCCGCCGCCGAGCGUCGCCGUCGCAAACGCCGUCUCCGCAUCGAACCCCCUCUUUCCUCUCUCCACCGCUCCCAGCAACCACAACAACAACUACCCCCAAAACCCAUCCAAAACCCCAACGCCCCGAAACUCCCCGAAACCCUCGCCGCUGUCUCCGGCAACCGUCUCAACCUACACAACCGGAUCUUAACUCUCAUUCGCCAAAACGACCUCGAAGAAGCCGCACUCUUCACGCGACAUUCCGUGUACUCCAAUUGCCGUCCGACGAUUUUCACCGUUAACGCAGUUAUGACGGCGCAGCUCCGUCAGUCAAAGUACUCUGACCUUUUAUCUCUUCAUAGGUUCAUAACUCAAGCGGGUGUGGCCCCAAAUGUUAUUACUUAUAAUCUUUUGUUUCAAACUUAUUUAGAUUGUAAAAAACCUGACACUGCACUCGAACAUUACAAGCAGUUUAUAAAUGAUGCCCCUUUUAAUCCGUCACCAACGACUUAUCGGAUUUUAAUUAAGGGUUUGGUGGAUAAUGGGAAACUUGAGAAGGCCAUGGAAUUGAAGGAGGAGAUGUUAGCUAAGGGUCUUGUGGCAGACCCUGUUGUUUAUAGUUAUUUGAUGAUGGGUUGUGUUAGGAAUGAUGAUUCGGACGGGGUUUUCAGGCUUUAUGAGGAGUUGAAGGAGAAAUUGGGAGGUGUUGUGAGUGAUGGGGUUGUGUAUGGGAGCUUGAUUAAGGGUUAUUUUAUGAAGGGUAUGGAGGAGGAGGCAAUGUCAUGUUAUAACGAGGCUGUGGGGGAGAAUUCGAGUGUAAAAAUGAGCGCGGUUGCGUAUAAUAAUGUGCUUGAUGCUUUGUGUAAGAAUGGGAAGUUUGAUGAGGCUUUGAAGUUGUUUGAUAGGAUGAUUGGUGAGCAUAAUCCACCUAAGAGGUUGGCAGUGAAUUUGGGGAGUUUUAAUGUGAUGGCUGAUGGGUAUUGCGCGGAAGGGAGGUUUGAGGAGGCUAUUGAGGUAUUUAGGAAGAUGGGUGAAUAUAGGUGCAGUCCUGAUACGUUGUCGUUUAAUAAUUUGAUUGAUCAGUUGUGUAAGAAUGGAAUGUUGGGUGAGGCGGAAAAGCUCUAUGGAGAAAUGGGGCAGAAGGGGGUGAAUCCUGAUGAGUAUACUUAUGGUGUUCUGAUGGAUACUUGUUUUAAAGAGGAUAGGGUUGAUGAUGGGGCAGCAUACUUUAGGAAGAUGAUUGAGACAGGUUUGAGGCCUAACUUGGCUGUUUAUAACAGAUUGGUUGAUCAGUUGGUUAAAGUGGGGAAUAUUGAUGAGGCAAAGUCGUUUUUUGAUAUAAUGGUGAAGAAGCUGAAGAUGGAUGAUGCAAGUUACAAGUUUAUUAUGAAGGCAUUGAGUGAUGAUGGCAAAUUGGAUGACAUGCUUAAGGUUGUAGAUGAAAUGUUGGAUGAUAAUGGGAUUGAGUUUGAUGAGGAUUUCCAGGAAUUUGUGAAAGGGGAAUUGGGGAAGGAAGGUAGAGAAGAGGAUUUGGUGAAGCUUAUGGAGGAGAAGGAAAGGCUGAAGGCUGAAGCCAAGGCUAAAGAAGCAGAAGCUGCGGAAGCAGCUAAGAAGAGUGCAAGUGCUGCCAUAUCUUCUUUAAUUCCAUCAAAACUGUUUGGUAAGAAAGAAGGUGGAGCGGAGAACCCCGAAAAUGCUAAUGCAGUUGAGGCUUCUUCUGCUGACUCCAUCGGUGAAACAGAAGCUGGGAAAGAAGAGAAUGUUGAAGAAGCUACUGCUAUAGAGGCUGAUUUGGCAAACUCGGAAGAUCAAUUGUGAGAAUUCGGCAGAAGUAGAUGGUAAAAAUGAUGGUGAAAGUGGGCAGGUAACAGCAUGAAUGUAUUGAUGGGAAAUGGUAAUAUUUGUGUUCCAUCUUUUGAUUGAAAAAAUAGAUAAGGAGCAUGAACCCAAUGAUUCUUCUUCUCUAGUUAAUGUAUACCGUGUUAUUAGGAAUGCAUUAAACUUGGAGGGUUCAUUUAAUUGUUCUUGAGGUUGGCACAAAUCUAUUAUUCUGCAUUGCAGCACUUUUAUUUAUUGAACUUCCUGAAUGAAAGCAGGUACUUAAACCAUGAUAACAGCUAUUUCUGCUAAUAUGCUUUUUCUGUUGUAGCCAGAUG